AUGGAGAAGCCCAGCAGUUUUCUUGCGUCGCUGGUCCUUGGCCUCGGCCUCCUUGGCACCGUGAUAAGUGCCCAGCAGUCUUCCUCGGCCUUCACCGACCCGAAUACGGGCAUCACCUUCCAGCAGGUCACGCAGGGUGCCUACAGCUUCGGUAUUGCCCUGCCCGAAAACCCCACGACCGACUUCAUCGGGCGCAUUAGCGCUCAGGCAUCCGAGGGAUGGGCUGGAGUCUCGCUCGCUGGCAUGAUGAGCGGCAGCCUCAUGGUCGUCGCCUGGCCCCAUGAGGACGAGAUCGUAGGCUCGCUCCGUCACUCAACGGGCUACUCCAGCCCCGGCCUCUUCUCCGGAUCUGCCUCACUCAGGACGAUCCCAGAGGGCACCUCAUUCGAUGGCGCGUCUUACACCUUUACUUUCCUGUGCGAGGGCUGCAUCCAGACAGACGGAACAACAUUCGCAGCUGAUGCCAGUUCCACCACCGUCGGUUACGGUCUCUCCACGGCCACCGUCAAUGCUCCCGCCGAUCCCGCAUCCCGCCUCACUUUCCACGCCGCUGGCUUCGGGUUGUUGGGUGUCGAUCUCGUCGCGGCGCAGUCGGCUGACUUUGCCGAGUGGGCUGCCCUGGCCGAAGAGGGCACCACCACACCUCCUGAGGACGGUGGCGGCAACCCUCCGCCAGGAAACGGCACCGUGCCGGUUUCCAACUCGACUUACGACUACAUUGUCGUCGGCGGCGGGCCGGCCGGCCUCGUCACGUCCCAGCGCCUCACCGAGACCGGGCGCUCCGUCCUCCUCAUCGAGCGCGGCAUGGCCUCGACCGCAUCCACCGGCGGCACCCGCCUGGUCCCCUGGAACCAGAGCCUGACCUACUACGAUGUCCCUGGCCUCUUCAAUACCCUGCCGCAGGCUACCCUCGGAGAGGGAUACUGCACUGACACGGCCGCCGUCGCCGGCUGCGUGCUGGGUGGAGGCGGCUCCGUCAAUGGCAUGGCCUUCAUUCACCCGCCCACCUGGGACUUUGACGAGAACUGGCCCGAGGGAUGGAAGUGGGCCGACGUUGCUCCUGCUGCCGCACGUUUGUAUGCAAGAAACCCCGGAACGACUUCACCCUCCCAUGACGGCAAGUACUAUGACAAUGAGGUGACGGAUCUGAUGCGGCGCUGGUUUGAGGAGAACGGAUGGACGUACGCCGACGGCAUCGAAAGCCCCGAUGACAAGCUCCAGUCGUUUGGCCCUCCUUCAGUAAACAUUGCAAAUGGUCUACGUUCUGGACCUAUCCAUACAUACCUGCCACUGGCCCAGGCCAAGUCUUCCUUCAAACUUGAGCUCAAUACCGUGGUCAUCCGAGUCCUGCGCGACGGAGCCACCAUGACCGGCGUAGAGAUCGAGAACGCCCAAGGCCGGCAGAUUAUCAAACUCAAGGCGGGCGGCAGCGUCCUUCUCGCCGCCGGCGUCAUGUCCACGCCCCGCGUGCUCUUCAACUCGGGUAUCGGCCCCUCGGAACAGAUCGAAAUCGUCAGGGCUGGAACCACCCGUGUCACCCUCCCCGACGAAAGCCAAUGGAUCAACCUCCCGGUCGGCCUCGACGUCAAAGACCACUCCCGCUACGUGCUCCGCUUCAACGUCCCCGGCGGCCUGGCCACCUACGGCCCCGAACAGCUCACCGACCCCUCCCAAGCCGACAAGGACCUUUUCAACGCCGGCUCGGGCAUUCUGACGCAGUCGUUCCAGCGGCUCGACACCUUCAGACGAGUCACCACCUCCGACGGCCACGAGAUCAUGUUUCAGUCGCACUGCAGCGCCCCGGAGAACAACACGGUCAACAUUAUGCUCCUCAUGAGCCACGGCCUCACCUCCCGCGGCACCCUCGCCAUUAGCCCCGCCGGUAACACCCUCUUCACCAAGCAGCCGUGGACCAACACGGAUACGGACCGCGAGGCAUGGACCCUCGCCAUCAACGAGCUGCUCGACAUGGCCCGCCGCCCAGGAAGUCCCCUCGUGUUCAGCGCCGGAAGCAACGCCACCGCCGCGUCGGUCCUCGCGGGCACUGUGCAGCCGGGCAUCCACAUGGUCGGCACUGCCAAGAUGGGGACGGAUGAUGGACGUGAGGGCGGCACCGCCGUCGCCAUUGUUAUGAUUGCUGCUGAGCGGGCUGUGGAGAGGAUUAUUGCGCUCCGUGAAACUGAACGUUCGUACCCUAAGAGGAGGAGGUGGUCUCUCGGGGCGUGA